UACGGCCACCUGUCGCCGUCCACGACGACGGGCCGCGCCAUCACCAUCGUGUACGCCAUCUUCGGCAUCCCGCUGUUCCUCAUCCUGCUGGCGGACUUCGGCAAGCUGUUCACGCGCGGCAUCAAGUUCCUGUGGGCGUUCGUGCGGCGCCUCUACUUCACCGGCAGCUGCCGCAAGGUGCGGCGGACCGGCCCCGUGCAGGAAGUCAUGAAAGGGGUACAAUAUGUGUACGACUUCGCCAAAUUCCGAAGACCCAGCGAGGUCCCGCCGGGGGAAGGCCCUGGGGAGGAGAGUGACGUGCACACGCCCUUGAAUCAACCCCCGCAGGUGCAGAUCCACGAGCCCUCGCAGCCCCCUGAAGGUGUACAGCAGACUAUACCUCUUGAUGGCAGAGAACCCUCAACACCAGUUCCAAGUGUAUACGAGGUGGAUGACGAAUUCAAUCUGCCAAUUUCUAUUGCUAUCACCAUCCUGCUCACAUACAUAUUUGUGGGUGCUGCUGUUUACUACAUUUGGGAAGACUGGGGAUUUUUUGAAUCAUUUUAUUUUGUCUUCAUAUCAAUGUCAACUAUUGGAUUUGGAGAUUUUGUUCCAAAGCAUCCCAUGUACAUGAUGGCAUCUAUUGUUUAUCUUGUGUUUGGACUUGCUCUCACUUCAAUGUGCAUCAAUGUUGUGCAGGAAAAGCUUUCAGACAGCUUCCGCCAGGCAAGUGCUAAAAUUGGGGCAACAAUUGGUUUGCGUGUUGCUGAGGAGGAAGGAAACCUCUCCCCUGUAGAGCAACCGAGUUCUCAGCCACAAGAAGCAGAAAUAGUACCAGCGAUGACCAAAUCAGCUUCUACAUGACUUCACUGCCACAACAUCAAUUUUAAACAGCAGUCUAUUUUCAGAAUAAUCUCCAAUAAUGUAGUCAAUUGUUUCAAUGUAUGUGAUUGCAGUUUUCUUCUCUUUUGAAAUCAGUGUUUCAAUGUGUAAAUUAAUUACUGGAAAUAAGAGAAAAAAUACAAAUGAAUUUUUUGAUAUUGUUCUUGAUUAAACAAAAUUACCAUUAACUGAACAUAAUGAGAUAUUGUCAGUAAACCCAAUGAUUGUUCUGAAGAAACUCUUCUGAUUACAAUUUAACUUCUCAAAUUUAAAAAACAAAUGUUACAAUUAUUUCUGUAACUCUUAAAAGUUAGUAGGAAGGGAGGAGCUACCAAAGUGCUUAAGUUUAGAUUUAUACAUGCUAGUAAAUUCAAUGAUGCACAAAAAAUGCUGAAACAUCCCGUAUAUGUUAUUUUCUUUUUCUGUGCUUUGUUAAAGUGAACUUGAAUUCAUUACUAGCAUUAUUCUAAACCGUCCAAUGUGCUAGUAAGAAUAAACAAUGAGCAGAAAAUACAUGAAUGUGGAAUAAACUUGAGCUUCUCUAUCACCGUAUUUAAUUUUGUCAUGCUCAAAUUUCAAGCUUUAAUAUGUAUAUAAAAAUUUGUUUUCAGAAAAUGAAUUCUUCACAUAAUUGAGAAAUUUCACCUCUGAAAAUACAAAGAUUUUUGAAUAGUGUCAAUAACAACUUGUCACGUCUCAUGUAUGUAAACAGAAUAUGUUUCAUUAAUGUUUGUUGGUUGUUUCUCCGAAACAGGGUCUCACCAAUGGGGUUGUUUCUCCCAUACAUUGUUGUUUGUUAUUGCUCAGGAAACUUGGAAUUCUUCCUUUUGUUAGUGGGCAUUCUUGUGAAUUAUGAUUGAAAAUAGCCUAGUUUUAAUCUUUUGUAUUAUUGAAUGUCUCAAUGCAAGUAAUUACCCAUGACAAAACUUAUCUGAAAAGAAUAAACAGCUGGAAGGUGUUUUUACACCUUAAACAAAGUGCCACUGAAAUCACGAAGACAAUAACAGUGAUUUAUAAGUAUCCUAAUGUAAUACUUGAAAUAAGAGGACAAUUAUUGAAACACCUUGUUUUUCUCCAUGACAAUGCAUUUUGAAUUACUUUACUGAUCUGAGUAUUUUGUAAAGUGCAGUAAAUACAGCCCACUUAGGAUGAAGAUUUCUUUCAUAUUAUAUCUUUAAUUAUUUACUUGCUUGCUCAUUUUGUAAAUUCACCAUGCAUGUUUUUCAGAAUACCGUUAUAAAUUACCAUUUGUCAUAAUACCAUUAUGAAUUCCAAUAACAACUUUUCAUAAUAUUUAUGAAUUAAUAUACAUUUGUCUCUACAACCUUCACCAUUAGCUAAGAACAUAUGGGAUGAUUUGCAUAUUUAUUUUCUCCACUUAAUAAUUCAGCUUUUCUCAAACUGAUAUGCAAUGUAAAAUUUGACUUUAGAAAAUAUUGUAAAAUGAAAAUUGCAAUACAAAUACAUUAAAUUGUUAAAUUAAAAUUUGGGUUUUCAUUGAAUAUGACAAAUCUGUUGUACUUGUAUGCUGCAAGUCAUUGAAUGGAGAGACAGAUAAGUCACUUUUGACAAAUUUAAAAAAUUCUGUUGUCACAAAAAGGAAGGGAAAUAUAACUUCACAACUGACUAGAAUGGGGAAAAGUUAUUAAUAAUUUGUGACUAAAUGCCUGUCUAUAAUUCAUCAAUAUGAGGUGAAUAAUUUGUUAUAUUCAACAAAUGUAAUAAAUAAAUAUGGUAUUGACAAUGAGUAUUAUAACAAAUAUGAAACAUGGAUUGAUCCAUAUUUUGUACAUUAAACAUUAACGAAAGAAUUGCUAUAAUUUUUUAAAAUCAAAAUAUAGCUUUGUGCUACUAAAAAGUGUUUUACUUUGCUGUAGGUUACAUUUCAACCAUUCAAGCAGGAAGAUCACAAACAGCAGACAAUUUUUUUUUUCUAGGGUAUUAAACGUUAAUCUGAAUACAUUCUUCAUUACCAAAUAUUAAACAUUGAGCUGUAAAUAUAUAACUGAAAAUACUUAAGUAAAAUAUUUUGAAAACAUUUCUUGUUUUCUUUUUCUUUUUCAUUGCCAGAAACAUUUCUCAAA